CGAGUGAGGUAAGUAAAUUUAUGGUAAUGCCCGCACUCUUUUUAAAAGAUGUUUUGACUUGUUUUUGAAGUGGUGGCGGGACUAAACCCGUUUUAGGCAAAAGUAAGUAUGACUGAUUUGAAGUGAAGUUUUAUGCUUUUCAUUAAAUUGAGCAUGCUUACUUGAAAUUUAAUUGAUUGCCCUGAUGAUAUGAAAGUGAUUAGUAAAGUAUGAUUUUCUGUUAACUUCAGCCUGUUUUGUCUCUGAUGUGGUCAUGUUUUUGUAAUCCUGCUAGUGGGAGUUAAACGCUAGCACAUGUCGGCACAUGUCGAUAUGUUCCUGUAAUCCUGCUAGUGGGAGUUAAACGCUAGCACAUGUCGGCACAUGUCGAUAUGUUCCUGUUAGAACCGGUUCGUUCCUGUAACCCUACUAGUGGGGAUUUUACACUACUAAUUCCUGUUGCCUACCAGUGGGAGGUUUAAACACUGGCCAUGACCUAUAGAAGAGACGUCUAUUUCGUUCCUGUACUUGUAUCCGUUUUCUGAUUACACUUGUUGGCAUGCUAUAAGUUUAAUUGACUACUACUGAACUUUAUUCUGCAUAAUGGUUAUCAUUGAGCAUUCCGUUUAUGUUUAAACUGUUUAUCUGAAAUGCUCAAAUUUUAUCCACGGGCCAUCCAUACAUUUACUUAUUGAGAUAUUUUAUCUCAUAGUUUUCCCUUGUCCACCAUUUCAGGUAGUAUGACCCGAGACGCGAAAACCACGGGAAGUGACGAGUUAGAAGGCUAGCCAUUUCGAGAUUGAUAUAAUUUUAGAAAUAAAUCAUGUUUUUGUAAGAUAGAUUUUACCUUGUGAUUUUAAGUUUAAGUCAUGUUGGACAUAGAAUUAUUGAAAUAUCUGAUUUAAGUUAUUGGAUUGUCAGAUGUGAAUUGGAUAAGUUUCGAGCCUUGUGCAUUUGUGGGAUCCUCUCACGAGUGCACGGCGUUUGUUACGCCUCGGAUUUGGGUUCUGGGGCGUGACAAAUGACCAAAACAAAUAUGUUCCAAUGGGGUUUGUGUUUUUUUGUUGUCAUGCUACUAUUGCUUUUUUCUUUUUUUUUUUACUAUUGAGAUUUAUAAGUGUUGUGUUCUUGAAUUUGAUUAGCGUUGUUUUUUGAAGGGAAAUAAAAAAGGUGAUUCUGA